UAGUGCCUGAGAUUAUGAGUGAUCUUGUUGUAGUACUUUGUAGUAAUGACCAUUUUGGAAUGCCAAAAGCUUUAGGGGAUAAUUGCAGUGGCAAUAAUGUAGAAGGAAGAUUCUUAGAAGUAUCCUGCGUGUUCUUCGGGUGCUGAACGGAAUGGAGUCAGAGUGGCAGGCAGACGAACAUGGAAAUUGGUACAUGCAACGUGGUCAGUGGGUUGCUCGAGUUGAUCCUGCAUCCCAAGCUGUGUAUUACCAGGACACUCGUACUCAGAAGACUCAGUGGGAUGCCCCGUAUGAAUGGUCAUGUGCUCAGCCAGUAGCUGGAAAGGUCGUGGUGGCACCCAAGAAAUUGCCUGCAAGAUGUUUGGACUUUAGUCAUCGCCAAGCCAGGUGCCAAGUAGACCCUGAAGAGGCGAAAAAGACUCACUUCAGACCCGAGGGUGCCGGUGAAUUCAACAUUUGGUAUGGGAGAUAUGUCGGUGAGAUGUGGAAUGAACACCACAAUGAGGGUCCAUCACCUUAUCGAUGCGAUGCUCGUAAAGAUUCUGGGUUUACAAAAGCAACCCUGGAGGGCAGUGGUGCAAGAUUCUUCUGUGUUUUCUUCGCCAAAGGGUGCUGUCAUUUAGGACCGGAGUGUGGGUACUUGCAUAGAGUGCCACGCGAUGAGGACGCAAGGCAUAUUGAUCAAGCACAUGACGUAUUUGGUCGGGAUCGUCAUCGUCAGCACAAUACGACUAUGUCCGGUGUGGGUUCAAUUGAGAAGGAUUGUAAGACUCUGUAUGCUGGCAACUUACACUGUCGUCGCACGGGAACAGAGGAUGAACUCAAGGAGGAGUUUGGCGAAUGGGGCGAGAUCGAGAGGAUGAACAUUAUUCGAACACGCAAUAUCGCAUUUAUGACGUAUAAGAACCGGAUCAAUGCAGAGUUUGCAAAGGUUGCUAUGAGCAGUCAGCAGUUAGGUGGACAUACAUUGAUGAAUGUACGAUGGGCGUAUGAUGACCCCAAUCCGCGUGCUCAGCUGAAGCGCUUACAUGAAUCUCAGGAACAGAUGUUGUCAGUACUGAAAGAUCGUUCUGAGUAUGGCCCAGAGGUACCAGCUGCUAAACGUCUUGUACCAGCCACCGCUGGUAGUGUCACUGGGCCUUAUCCGGAUACCUCCCAGCAGUAUGCUGAAGAUGAGGAGGUAGACAAAGUGCUGAUGAGGGAGCAAGGUGUUAUGCAACAAGCAUCUGAUGAUUGUGGCCGUCUAGAUGGCAUAUUCCGUCGCUUGGAGGAAAACAAUCGCAAUGACAGUACUGCCAGCGCUGUACACGAUACUAACAGUAGCACUACCAACAGCUAUAUCAUAAAGAAAGUAGAUGCCCUGGUGUCUUCAGGGGCAGAUACCGUUGCCAGCACAUCAUCCUCUUCGGUGGCAGCGAAAGAAACCCAUUCUAGAGCCGAGCGGCCUAAAGCCAAGCAUUCUGGCAUUGAAAUUACUGUGAGCUCAUCUCAUACCACUGUAGCAACUGCGCAUAAGGUGGAUCCAACCAAAGAUCCGUUCCGCGUAGUUAUUCCCAAGUAGGAACAUCAAUGUUUUGCUAAGCUGAUACCCCUCCCGCUCACCAAUAUAUAUUUUGUACAUGACUGUACAUCUAUUAUUAAUUUUGAUACAAUGGACUUUCUGCGUUGCACAUAUGGACAUCAAACUAUCGUACACUGUACAUACACAAGUACAUUUUGACAUGCAUUAUUUUGUAAUAUAGGACUGACUGUACAUAACGUUAGUUUUCACAAGGGUACUUCUACAAGUACUGAAGUAGUACUCUAAUACAAGACUGAUUGUAGUAGUAUUAUUAUUAUUAUUAUGAUAAAGACUAAAGAGCGUUGAUGAGAUACUGUUGAUACGCAUACUUUGUUCUUGUCACACAUGUGUCAUAAUUGUGUGAACGUAUUGAGCAUGCAUGUAGAAGGGGCGUUCAACUGGGAUCAUAGUCUUACACAUAGAGAUAUAUCAAUAACCUGAACAUAGCACUCUCCAACACAUGUAUGCAUAGAGAUAUAUCAAUACCCUGAACAUA